UCCAAAACAAAUGUUUUGCAUGGCAGAUUUAGCAAAAAUCGCCACAAUUAUUUUGGAUAUUUUUAACAAUUCGCUUGCAAAAGUUUAAAAAUGAGUGACAGUGAAAACGAAAGUAUUCUAGAUCUGCUCGAAUGUGCUGAAGAGUAUGACAAAUUGAUGCAGGAAAAACUGAUAUCGAAUAGCAAAUCGGACGAAGCGACAAUACCUGCAAAUUAUGAUAAAAACAAACACACCGCCAGCCACAAUGAUACUCUGGAGAUACCUAUGGAAAAAGUAAUUUUUGGUGAUAGGAAGGAGUUGCUGAAAAAUUUUGCUGUUGCCGUAGGUGAAUCAAAUAAUGACAAACAAAACAACGAGGAGAAUGAUGGCGAAAGCGACGAUGGCAUUGAGAGUAGAAAACGCAAACCCGCCUGGACCGACGCAGAUGACACGGAUAUUACAUUGGGGGAGGUGAAAAGACGAACCCGUUUCUCAGGACCACUAGAUCAUUUGCGGAAAGACAAAGCUUAUAAAGACUACCUCACAGCGCGUUACGAACGCACAGUGCCCCAACCCAAAUGGGCAUCGUUGGAGCACAAAAAGGAAUUUGAUAAUUCAGACGAUGAGGCGCUUUUGCAGACAGUGGGUUUUGUGGAGAAGCCAGACACAACAAAUUUACUGCAAACGCAUCUACAAUUCAAGAGAUUGAAAGAUUUAAAUCGUGCUUCCUAUGCCGAAGGCUCUAUAACUAGUAUACAAUUCAUACCUAAAAGCACGGCAACACUUGUGGCUGGAUUAAGUGGAAUCGCCACUAUUUAUAGCAUUGACGGGGUGAAGAAUGAAAAGUUGCACAGCAUGCGUUUUGAAAGAUUCCCCAUCAUGUGUGCGCGUUUAAAGCCCUGUGGGACAAAGGCAGUAUUUGGCUCCACAAAGCGAAAGUACUAUGUUUAUGAUCUAAUGAAAGCACAGGAAAUGCAUUAUACAAUGCCGAAGGAUAUUACUACGGUGCGCAACUUCAGAAUAUCUCCAUGUGGACGCUACAUGGCCGUUGCUGGUCGUUUCGGGACCCUGCAUUUGUUCGAUGCCAACUCUCAGGAGCUAAUACACUCAUUUAAACAAGAGGAAGAUGUGGCAGCCAUUUGUUUUACCAGCGACUCAAAAACUAUCUUAUCCAGCUCACUAUCUUCCAAGAUACACAUUUUUUCUUUAACAAAGCAACGUCUAGUUCACAGUUUUAGUGAUGAUGGUUGUUUGAAUGGUAGUGCAAUGGACUUAUCUUUAGACCAACGUCUUCUCGCCACUGGCAGUAUGGAGGGUGUUGUUAACGUUUACGACUUCCAAAAAAUUCAAUUAUCCUUGACGCCGCAGCCCGAAAAGACUUUCAUGAAUUUGCGAACUAGCAUUUCAGAUGUAAAAUUCAAUCCCAACGCUGAAAUUUUGGCCAUGAGCUCAGCGGAAGUAGCUUCCGCUGUGAAAUUGGCACAUUUCCCCAGUGCAACAGUUUUUUCCAACUUCCCAGCAGUUAACAGCGAUAUUGGGAAAAUCCGUAUUGUAGAAUUCUCGCCCAACAGCGGAUAUUUAGCCUUGGGCAGCAUUCGCCAGCCAGUGAAUUUGCUACGUCUUAAACAUUAUAAAUAUUACUAAAAUAUUUUUUAUUUUUAUUUCCGGGGAAGUUAAAUAAAAUUCGUAUAAGCACGUUUUAUAGAAAACUGUAUUU